GAAGUGCUUCACACAUACGUGUGCAUCACGCUAAGUAAUCCGGCCCCAGGCACAGCUCUCCGUCCUCCGCUCCAGACCGCCUCUCCUCUCGUCCUGUCUCCAGUUGAAGCCUGACUUUCUGUCCUUCUUCAGAUUCUUAUUAGAAAUCAAAAUGCCUCUGAAGUUCGAGCUGUGUCCCGGCAGGAUGAUCGGAGGGAGCCACCCCUGUUUCAUCAUCGCUGAGAUCGGACAGAACCACCAGGGAGACUUAGACAUCGCGAAGAAAAUGAUCAAGAUGGCAAAGGACUGCGGUGCAGAUUGUGCAAAAUUCCAGAAGAGUGAAUUAGAAUACAAAUUCAACAAGAAAGCCUUGGAGCGCCCCUACACCACCAAAAAUUCUUGGGGGAAAACUUAUGGAGAACACAAGCGCCACCUGGAGUUCAACCACGAGCAGUACAAGGAGCUGCAGAAGUAUGCAGAGGAGGUGGGGAUCUUCUUCACGGCGUCUGGGAUGGACGAGAUGGCGAUGGAGUUCCUUCAUGAGCUCAAUGUGCCUUUCUUCAAAGUGGGUUCUGGAGACACCAACAACUUCCCCUAUCUGGAGAAGACUGCCAUGAAAGGGCGACCGAUGGUGGUGUCCAGCGGGAUGCAGUCUAUGGAGACGAUGCGUCAGGUCUACAAAACCGUGAAGAAACACAACCAGAACUUUGCCAUCCUGCAGUGCACCAGCGCUUACCCUCUGGAAGCCGAAGACGUCAACCUCAGAGUGAUAACGGAAUACCAGAAGGAGUUUCCAGAUAUUCCCAUCGGAUACUCCGGCCACGAGUCUGGGAUCAGUAUUUCAGUAGCUGCAGUUUCUCUGGGGGCGAAGGUCCUGGAGCGUCACAUUACCUUGGACAAGACGUGGAAGGGAAGCGAUCACGAAGCGUCUCUGAUUCCCUCCGAGCUGGCGGAGCUGGUUCGCACCGUGCGGUUGAUAGAGAGGGCGAUCGGGACCGGGAUCAAGCAGAUGUUGCCGUGUGAGAAGCCGUGCCAUGAUAAGCUGGGGAAGUCAGUGGUGGCUAAAGUCAGCAUCCCCAAAGGAACCACCCUGACUGUGGAGAUGCUGGGGGUGAAGGUGGCCGAGCCCAUGGGCGUCCCCGCUGAAGACAUCUACGAGCUGGUUGGAAAGACAGUGCUGGCGGACGUGGAGGAGGACGAGAGCGUCGUGCCGGAGGUGGUGGACACAUACGGCAAGAAGGCCAAGUGUUGAGGAGGCAGAGUUAUGAAGUAGAUUAAAAAAGGCAUUUUAUUUGAAAGGUUUUGAUUGACGGCUCCAUUUCUUAAAUUGAAGUUGCAGCUGAUCUGCAACGUUCUGCAUAACAGAGCUUCGUUCUCUGUCGGUCUGAGUGAAUCACAGCUGGAGCUGAAACAGAGGCUGAAACACCCCGAGUUCUCCUGUGCCAAAGAUUUACCAUCAGAUGUCUUAAUUUAACUGUCAGGUUCUUUAUUAAAGAGGAAAAUAUCUUCAAAAAUGG